GAUAGCAGACGUUGUUUCCUCCAAACGUUUCUUUAAAAAAAGCGUUCAGUUUGGCGCCUUAAACAAGCAAAAAUGUCUGUCGACAUUGUUCCUAAAGAUCUUCGUAACAAUAGAGCUUGCCUCGUGUGCUCGUUGAUAAAGACGUUUGACCAAUUUGAAUUUGACGGAUGCGAGAAUUGCGACGAGUUUCUUCGUAUGAAAAAUAACAAGGACAACAUUUAUGACUGCACCAGCACCAACUUUGAUGGAAUGGUUGCACUGAUGAGCCCCGAGGAUAGUUGGGUGGCCAAAUGGCAAAGAAUUAACAGGAAGGUUAAGGGUGUUUAUGCAAUUUCCGUGUCUGGGCGACUACCUGAGACAUUCAUUAGAGAGCUGAAGUCUAGAGGCAUUACUUACAGAUCCCGAGACACAAGCCAACGCCAAUAAUUCUCAUUUUAUUCACCUACCAUAUUUUUUUUUUUUUACACUAAUUUUUUUUUCCAUUCAAUGAACAACUUGUAUUCACACUAUCUGAUGCUAUUAUGUCAUCAUGGUAUCUCUUGGGACAAAUACACCUGAGCUUGCCUGACGAA